AAAAUCCAUGAGGUCACUAAUUUAGGAGGGGAAGGGGGCUUCUGGGGUUUUGUUUUGCUUGGUUUUGUUUUAUAUGCAAGGGCAUGAAGUUAAUUUAAGAUGUAGAGUUAGGUGGUUUAGGGAAAAACUUUGAAAGGGUCCUUGCGGAUAUUCAUUUCUGGCCAUCAAGAUGUGGAUGCGUAUUUCUUAAAAUUGUGACACAUGACAUCUUUCAGCCUGGAGAGCCUGCGGAAAUAUAAGAAACGCGAUCACACUGGUAGGGGAAGCAACCCUUCCCUCUCACUGGCAGCCAUGAUGGGCCCUGAGGCUGUCUACAGCAGCAUCAGCCAAGUGACAAGACCAUCUUGCAGGGACACUCACCCUUGCAGGGAAGGGACUGUGAUGUGCUAUAUGCUAGUGUUCAGGAAUGAACGCUCUUCACCAAAGGACAUGGAUGACAAUGAAAGCAGCCAGUCCAUGAUGACAAGUAGCCAAUAUCCUAAAGAAGCAGUAAGAAAGCGCCAAAAUUCACGGAAUUCUGGAGGAAGUGAUUCUUCUAGGUUUUCCAGGAAAAGUUUCAAACUGGAUUACAGACUAGAAGAAGAUGUAACUAAAUCAAAGAAAGGAAAGGAUGGGAGAUUUGUUAACCCUUGGCCAACAUGGAAAAAUUUCUCUUUUCCAAAUGUUCUCAGAUGGCUGAUAAUGGAAAAAAAUCACAGCGGUGUUCCGUGCUCCAAAGAGGAGCUUGAUAAAGAACUCCCAGUGCUUAAGCCGUAUUUUAUUGAUGAGCCUGAAGAAGCUGGAGUGAGGGAAGCCGGCUUACGAGUCACAUGGCUGGGACACGCGACAGUGCUGGUGGAAAUGGAUGAGCUCAUCUUGCUCACGGAUCCCAUCUUUAGUGCUCGUGCCUCCCCAUCCCAGCACAUGGGUCCCAAGCGGUUCCGUCACCCCCCCUGCACUGUCGAUGAAUUGCCCCGGAUAGACGCGGUCCUCAUCAGCCACAACCACUACGACCACCUGGACUACCACUCUGUCAUCGCGCUCAACGAGCGAUUUGGUAACGAGUUGAGGUGGUUUGUGCCCUUGGGGCUCCUGGACUGGAUGCAGAAAUGUGGCUGUGAGAACGUGAUCGAGCUGGACUGGUGGGAGGAGAACUGCGUCCCCGGACACGAUAAGGUCACCUUUGUGUUUACACCUUCCCAGCACUGGUGUAAAAGGACUCUGACAGAUGACAACAAGGUUCUCUGGGGCAGCUGGUCUGUCUUAGGGCCUUGGAACCGUUUUUUUUUCGCAGGAGACACUGGUUAUUGCUCUGCUUUUGAAGAGAUAGGAAAAAGAUUUGGACCUUUUGACCUUGCAGCUAUUCCCAUUGGAGCGUAUGAACCAAGGUGGUUUAUGAAAUACCAGCAUGUAGACCCAGAAGAGGCCAUAAAGAUUCACAUUGAUGUCCAAACAAAGAGAUCUGUGGCAAUUCACUGGGGAACUUUUGCCUUAGCAUAUGAGCAUUACUUAGAACCUCCAGUGAAGCUGAGUGAGGCUCUAGAAAAAUAUCGACUGAAGACUGAAGAUUUUUUUGUCUUGAAGCAUGGAGAAUCAAGAUACCUUAAUACUGAUGAAAACUGAGUAAACAUGAGCACAGGG